GGGAUAUGGCGGUACAUCUAACGAUCAAGGUCACUCCGAUCUAAUACAGAAUACAGUUAUUAUACACACUGGUCCAUAUUAAUAUAAUUGACAUGCCUUUUUAAUUUCGAUAACUAAAGAUGGAUAUUAAAUUACGUUCGCACAUGCUCUACAGAUUUAUGCUAUCAUGAAAUCCUUACAACGUUAAUUUACAUUGUUAUACGUCAUGUUCAUCUUUUUUACCGAAUUUUGCGCUUUUAAGCUCUGUGAAAGUUUUUAAUGCUUCCAAAACGACUGAGUAAUCGAUUCGAACAGAUUAUAAUAAUUGGCUUGAUUUGAAGCCACGAAUUUUUGUUUUUUCGGCUAUUUUGGUAGUAUAUCCUAUGUAGAAGUCGAAAUGCUGUUAAAUGUUGAGAUUGACCUUAAGCUAAUUUUACAUUCUGAAAUCAAGUAUUAGUGUUAAGUGUUUGCUGCCAACUCGUGUUAUCUCUCUUUCUGAAGAGCAGUGAUUUUAUUGAUAAUUGGGUAGACCGACUCAUUUUUAAUGCUGAAACGUCCAUGAAGAAUGUAGCACUCAUCAGCAUUUUCUUAGUUUAUCAUGCUAUAAAUUGUAAUGUUUCCGCGAAUAACUAUGUUUUGCUAUCUAGUUUUGAUAAAUUAUGCAAAGAAAAACAUGAUGGGGGAGGAUUUAUCACUAAUUAUGUAGUAGUGGAUGAUAUUACAAUUCGUGAACAGUUCGUGUUAUCAUGGCCUGGAGAUUUACAUACCACACCUUCCUUUCAUAAUCUUUCAAGGAAUCCAAAAAUUGCUUUAUGUCCUGGAUUAGUUAUUCAUCCUUCUGGUCGUUUUGUGAAACGAUCAUUUCCAGAAGGUUUAGCACUCUUUUGGUUAUUAAGAGCUCAUAUUCAAUUUACUUGUCCAAAAAAUACUCAUUUAUCUGAAUCAUAUUAUCUUCAAUUGGAACAAUGGAUUGAAUCAUUAGAAUGGAAUACAAAACAUUGGCGACAAGAUACUUUGAAAAAAGAUCAAGAUGGUGAUUUCAUUGAUUCAACUAAUAAUAUUGGUGAAGCACCUGAUGAAAUCUUACUGAUCAACUGCUCAGGUUCUCAUAUUGGUCAGUCGAAUCAUUGGAGUUUAUCUGGAUAUUUACGAAGAAUCCGUAUUUCAUGGAACUUGAAGAAUGAAACAGAGAUUACAAAUCUUGCAUCGAUUACAAACACAUCUUUGUUGAAUAGUUCCGCUUCUCCUUCAAUUCACUCUUUGAGUGCAGGUGUUAGUGACCAUUCGUCGCCGCCAUCAUUGAAAUCAUCAUCUCCUUUAAACAAUCUCAAUAAUCAACAUUUUCUUUCAACGUCAGGCAUUAAAUUUCUUGUGCGUAUCUCUUCACAUAUGUUAUUUGUAGGAAAUUUCUCUAUGGAACGCCAGAAAGCAUUAUGCGAGUUUUUCUCUGGAUUCUGGUGUCUUCAAUCUUUAAAAACUUCUAAUACAACAACAACAACAACAACUAACAAUCACCAUCAUCAGGACAACGAAAAGAGUCUAUCGACAUCUUCAUCGCCUCCAUCGUCCCCAUCAUCAUCACCCUUGUCCAAUGUAUAUAAUGUCUUAUCAAGUAAACAUGCUAUUUGUGUUCAAGCGACAAUGUUAUGUGAUACUCUACCAGAUUGUGAUUUAAGAGUACCUAUGAAUCAAGUGAAUUUAUCACAAGAUGAAACAAAUUGUAAUAUUAUGAUUCCAUCAAAUUAUUCUUUGAAAAAAUUUUCUAAAUUAUAUAAACAUGAUCAUUGGAUGUCGAAAUUACCAUGGAUAAUUCUUGCACCAGUCCCAGCUAUAUUAAUCUGUGCUCUAAUACGUAUUUGUUCACAAAAACGUCAACUAGACUUCAUGGAAGAUAAUCAUACUAAUAAUAAUAAUCAUCUUAACGAUUGUUCAACAAUAAUUUCUAGUUUUACAACUACCUCAAAUGAUUGUAAUAAAUGUUUACAAAUGCCUAAUAAUUCAUUUUUCAUUGAACACAACAAAUCAUCAUCACACAAUGAUCGUGGAACAUUGAAUCAAUUCAAUAAAUUAUCUAGUGUCAUUGAAGUGGAUGAUGAGAUUGACGCCAGUACAGAUCAGCCAGUGAAUACAAUGAAAAUGAAACCAUUGAAUAGUAAUCAUAAUAAUAAUAAUAAUGCUCAAAUAAAAUCAAUAACUGAUUGUGAUCAUUUGCUAGGCCAUUGUUAUUCACUGCCGGAAAUCCCUAUGAAGCACAGUGAUGAUGGAUUCACCAAUGACGUACUAUGUUGUAAUGAUGAUAACAAUGUUAUUAUUAUUACCAAUCGAGAUUUUCAUCCGAUCGAUACUUGUCCAAGUCGUGAAGCAAGUUCUAACGACAAUGUUGUUGUUGAUGAUGAUGAUGACAGUUUGAGCGCUAGCAAAACUCCCAUCGCAUAUUAUCGAUCGAUAAAACCAUGUAAUCAAAGCAAAAGUUGUGACAGUUUACAUGAAAUGAAUCGAAAUAAUGUACGAUUAACUGAUUUAUUACAUUCACCUAGUUCUUCCGCUUUAUUGUCAAUAACAUGUAAUCAUGAAAACAAUGAAUAUCAUAUUUUGUCUAAUUCCUUCAGUGAUAAUCAUAAUAGUCAAUCGUUAUUGAAUUUGCCUCAAACAAUGAUAUCCAAUGUUUCGUAUUUCUCAACUAUAAACUAUGAUCAUAAUGAUAAUAAUAAUAAUAAUAAUGAUAUUCAAUAUCACAAUCAAAUACACAAUGUUUAUGAUUCAUCUAAUCGUACUGGAAUCUAUCAUGAUUCUUCCUCGUCAUCAUCAUCAUCAUCAUCGUCAGUUUUGAAUUUCCCGCCAAAUUCAUCAGUAUUUAAAACAAAUCGGAAAAUAUUAUUAUUAUCAAAAUGUAUGCAUUCUGUGCAACAAUUAUUAAUGAAUAAUUCUUCGAACGAUCAUUCUGUACAUAAUAGUCAAACUAAAUUGAUUGAUGAUUGA